AUGAAUCCCCCUCCCCUCCACAUCGGCCUCAUCAUCUUCCCCGGCUUCCAAGGCCUCGAUGCCUUCGGCCCCCUCGACAUCCUCAACACCCUCUCCUGGACGCACCCGCUCACCAUCUCCGUUCUGGCCGACACCCUCACGCCCACCAGCACCAAAUCCCCCCUCCACCCCAGCGCAACAGGCCAACUCAUCCAGCCCACCCACACCUUCUCCUCCCCACCCACAGACCUGGACGUCCUCCUCGUCCCAGGCGGCCUGGGCACGCGCGACCUCGCCGCCACCGCCCCCGCCGUGUCCUUCAUCCGCGACGUCUUCCCGCGCCUGCAGUACCUGGUUACCGUGUGCACGGGGGCGACGCUGGCGGCGCGCGCGGGCGUGCUGGACGGCCGCCGCGCGACCACGAACAAGAUGGCGUUCCGUGAGAUUAGCGCUGCGUAUCCGGCGGUGCAGUGGGUGGCGCGGGCACGGUGGGUGGUCGAUGGGAACGUGUGGAGCUCAUCGGGGGUGAGUGCGGGCAUGGAUGUGGUGUUUGGGUGGGUGAGUAGGGUGUAUGGGUUGGAGGUUGCGGAGAGGAUUGCCAAGGGUUUGGAGUAUGAGUGGGUGUAUCGCGAUGGGACGGAGGAUCCGUUUGCGGUUGUUUAUGGGGUUGGGGAGGGAGAGGGGGAGUCUUGA